AUGUUACGCACCUUGUGCCUCCUAGCUGUGUUUGCGGCAGCACGCGCCUGCAAACCUUGCACAUGCGGGGUGGUACGCGGUGCAAGAGUGGUGGGAGGACGACCGAUUUCGCCUGGAGAGCUUCCAUGGCUGGCUGCGCUCAAGAGAGAUGGUAAAGUCAUCUGCGGAGCCACAGUCGUCGCCCGGGAUCAUCUCAUCACCGCAACACAUUGCAUCUUCGAAGUGGAAGCUUCCCGGCUCACAGUCCUCGUAGGAGAAUACGACGUAAACAACUCGCUCUCUGAUGGCAUCCAGGUGUCGCACGUCACUCAGCACCCGGACUUCAACCGGUUUACGUACGACAACGAUAUCGCGGUGCUACGCCUGGCUGACCCCAUCCCCGACAAUUUGUACAGACCAGCAUGUUUGCCUGACUUCGAUGACGACAACAAACUUGAAGGUGUCGAAGCUAUAGUGUCAGGUUGGGGAAGCACAAUAGAAAAAGGACCACCGUCAAAUAUCCCUAUGAAGGCGGAGGUUAACAUUUGGGCGCAAGAGGAGUGCACGGGAGCUGGCUAUGGGCGAAGAAAAGUUACGCCAAGAAUGCUCUGCGCGAACGCCCCAGAGAAAGAUUCUUGUACCGGUGACUCCGGUGGUCCAUUACUACUUCCGCGACCGCACUUUACUAUUGUUGGUAUCGUAUCUUGGGGACGCGGUUGUGCAAGACAAGGCUACCCCGGAGUGUAUGCACGUGUAGCCAAAUUCUUGCCAUGGCUAAAAUUGGCUUUACGUCAUGCUUGCACGUGUUUACCGCCGACUCACUGA